AUGUCUUUUCCACCUCGACCGCCUCUCGUGCCUUACGGGAUACCACCGGGAGUUGUCACGAUGCCUAUGGCUACACAUGUAAUGGUAGGUGCAUAUGGAGGUGGUACUGUAGGCACUGGGCGUUCUGCACUACUGCCUGCCCCUGCACAGCCCACACCUGGAGGCAAGACAGCACAGAGGACACAAUCACGACCUGCUAAUGGAGCCAAAGAUACAGAUGGAACUCCAGUUACUGUUUUUAUAGGUAAUAUAUCAAGUCGUGCUCCAGAUGCCAUGAUCCGUGCAGUACUAGGUACCUGUGGGCCUGUAGUCAGUUGGAAGCGUGUCAGUACAUUUGGCUUUUGUGAGUUUGCGGGUCCGGAGGCAGCACUACGUUGUGUCAGGCUUUUACAUGAACGCCCAUUAGCAGAUAAAAAAUUAUUAGCCCGCACUGAUGGAAAGAUGCAGGCACUUGUUGAUUCAUAUAAAACGGAGCAGCGCUCGCGCAUGGCGGAGGGCGGCGCGGGCGCGGGCGCGGCGGGCGAGGCGGAGGGCGGCGAGGCGUGGCUGGACGCGGCGCAGCGCGCGCUGGACGAGGCGGCGGAGCGGCGGCUGCAGCAGCUGUACCGCGACUACCAGGACGACAUCAACAACUACGAGAUACUGCAGAAAGAGGAAGCUAUCUCGAAGACGGCGCGCGUGCUGGAGGAGGCCGACAUCUCUGAGGAGAAGCGGGACGUCAUACACCGUGAGAUCGGCAAGUUCCGCGAGAGCAUGAAGGAGGAAGCCGACGUGGUGGUCCGUCGCAAGCGCGACGACAAGCCCGAGCGGGAACGGGAGAAAGAGAAAGAGAAAGAUAAGGACAGGGAUAAGGAGAGGGACCGCGAGAGAGAGCGGGACAGAGAGCGUGACCGAGACCGCGAGCGGGACAGAGACAAGGACAGACGGCGGAGAAGUCAUUCCAGGAGCAAGGAUCGACGCGAGGAGCGGGAGAAGGAACGGGAACGGGAGCGAGAGGAGCGCGACCGUGAGAGGGAAAGGGAGCGAGAGCGCGAGCGGGAGAGGGAGAGGGAGCGCGAGCGGGAGAGACGCUUGUCGUCGGGAGAUGGCGAUCUGACGGAGGUGCGCGAGCGCGAGCGGGAGCGAGAGGCGCGAGAGCGGGAGCGCGAGCGGGAGAGAGAGCGCGAACGCGAGCGUGACCGCGACCGCGAGCGGUCCCGCGAGCGCGAUCGCUCGCGGGAGCGCUCGCGCACGCGCGGCGACGGCGACGCGCGCCGCGACAAGGAACUGGAGGAGGAGGCGCGCGACAAGAAGCGUCUCGAGAAGAAGGCGCGCGAGAAGGAGGCCGCCUACCAGGAGAGAUUGCGCAACUGGGAGAGCCGCGAGCGCCGCAAGGCGAAGGAGUACGAGCGCGAGCGUGAGCGCGAGCGCUGCCGCGAGGAGGAGCGCGAGCGCGAAGCGAAGCGGUUAAAGCAGUUCCUGGAGGACUACGAGGACGAGCGCGACGACCACAAGUACUAUCGCGGCAAGGAGCUGCAGCGGCGGCUCGGCGCGCGCGUGCGCGAGGCAGAGGCGGACGCGGGCGAGCGCGCGCGCGAACAGGCCGAGCUGGCGGCGCUGAGGCGCAGCAUUUUCGGUGCGCGUGCGGCCGACGACCCCGCGGCGGCCGCGGCGUUUGCGCGCGCCGCGGCGGCGCGCGAGGAGCAGUACCGCCCGCGCCUACUGGUUGACGCGUCGCUGCGGCGCGAGCAGCAGCGCGCGCACGAGGCGGCACGUGCACGCGAGCGCGAGCGCGAUCGACGUGCCGCGCGUGAGCGCCUGCGCCUCGAGCGCGAGCGCUACCUGCGCGCGCAGGCAUCGCGUGAGCUGCCCACCGAGGCCGAGCCCAUCGACUCCGACGACAGCGGCGGCGCGGAGGCGGCGGAGGCGUCGGAGGGCGGGUCGGGGUCGCCGGCCGCGUCGCUGACACCGCCGCGCCGUCCGCACCACACGCAUCACCACCCGCCGAGCGACGGCGGCAGUACGCCGCCGCGCCCGCCCUCGGACGAGCGGUACCAUACAAACGCGGGCGCGGGCAUGGGCGCGGGUGCGGGCGGCGCGACGGGCGGCGCGGGCGCCAGCGCCGGCAGCUCGCCCAUCAGCAUCAGCUUCCGCAAGCACAGCCCGCAGCACGACGCGCCCAAACCGGAGCGGCGCGGCGUGCACGCGGCCUUCGCGGAGGAGGAGGAGGCGCCGCACGCGCACCCGCAGCACGCGCAGCACGCGCGCGACCGUAAAGACAAAAAAGAUAAAGAGAAAAAGAAGAGCGAGAGCAGCGACAAGGAGAAGGGCGAGAAGGCGGAGAAGGGAGAGAAAGAGAAGGCGGAGAAGGGAGAGAAGGACAGUAAGUGCGCGGAGGAGAAGCGCAAGCACAUCAAAAGUCUUAUCGACAAGAUCCCCACGCAGAAGGAGCAGCUGUUCCAGUACCAGCUCGACACUGACCAGAUCGACAACACGCUGAUGGAGAAGAAGAUUCGUCCGUGGAUCAACAAGAAAAUUAUCGAGUACAUCGGCGAGCCGGAGCCCACGCUCGUGGACUUCAUCUGCAGCAAGGUGGUCGCGGGCUCCGCGCCGCAGGGCAUCCUCGACGACGUGCAGAUGGUGCUCGACGAGGAGGCCGAGGUGUUCGUCGUCAAGAUGUGGCGCCUGCUCAUCUACGAGCUGGAGGCCAAGCGCGCCGGCCUGCAUAAAAUGAAAUUUUACGUCAGUACCAACAAAAAACCGUCCAUUAUUGUG